AUGCAACAUUCAAGUUGUCCUGCAUUCCAGGUGCUCACCCAGGCCUCCACUAGAACCCGUCGUCAAGCUGGUGGUGGUUGCUGCGGUUGCGGUGUUUCUCCUUCAGGACCACCCGGACCUCCUGGACAGGACGGGCAGCCAGGAAGUGAUGGACAGCCGGGACAGCCUGGGAGAGAUGGAUCUGAUGGACCCCCAGCCACUCCCGCACCACCAUCCAACCCAUGCUUUAACUGCCCUAGUGGACCUCCAGGGCCGGCAGGAAACCCAGGAGCCCGAGGAGCACCGGGAAAUCCUGGAUCAGCCGGACAACCUGGAAGCCCUGGAAACCCAGGAGGACAAGGAACUCCUGGACCACAGGGACCACCCGGAAACGAUGGACAACCAGGGAAUCCUGGAUCUCCCGGUCAACCUGGAACCCUUAGAAAUGUUCCCGGACCUCAGGGACCAGCGGGAGCACCUGGACCGCAAGGACCUCCCGGACCUGAUGGAAGCCCUGGCGGUCCAGGUAAUCCAGGAAAUCCUGGAGGACAAGGUGCUCCAGGAGAUGCUGGAAACCCUGGAGCACGAGGACCGCCUGGUAGUGUCGGUCCCCCGGGCGAUGAUGGAGGCAAUGGAGGUCCAGGAAGUUGUGACCACUGCCCUGUGCCUCGUACCGCCCCAGGAUAUUAG